UACCCAUUCAAACUUUUAUUUUAUUAACAAAUAUUAAUCUGUAAAUGGUCUUAUUUAUUUUUCAGAUUUUGGUUUUGAAAAAGUAACGACAACCAAAAAAAGUUUUGAGUAUGACUUCACCGUAAAUCAUACGGCUGGAUGACGCAAUGAUUAUGAUAACUAGUACUCACAGUUCACACGCCUCACACAUCUUUAAUCAUAAAAAUUUAUAAACAAAAAUAUAAAGUUCUUCGAUUCGUCGGUCAAUGAUGUUUGUUGUCACAUUCACAAAAACAUAACGAAUCCACAAAGUGAAUAUUUUAAAAUAAUUCCUCUCGUAACAUGUCUAAAGCUCGACAUAUAUAAAUAACGUCACACACCUUCUUGUUCAAUACAAACCAUCCAUUAUAAAAAAAAAAAAAAUAACACAACAUGACUAAGCUCAUUUUAUUCCUCGCCGUGCAAAUCUUCCUCCUCAUCGCCGUUUCUUCCGCCGGAGAUAACGGAGAACACUUUGCAAGAACCAUAGACCGUAAACUUCUCGGUCUCCACAAGAAAGAGAAACUAACACAUUUCAAAGUGUAUUGGCACGACAUCUUAAGCGGUCCAAACCCAAGCUCCAUCAGAAUCCAGCCACCGGUUGCAAACUCCACUACCUACUUUGGAGGAAUCACUAUGAUCGACAACGCCUUGACGUCCAAAGUUGAGAUGAACUCAACGUUAAUAGGCCAGGCACAAGGGUUUUACGCCGGUGCGGCUCAAAAGGAGUUGGGUUUUUUCAUGGCGAUGAACUUUGCUUUCAAGACAGGGAAGUAUAAUGGAAGUACCAUCACGAUUCUUGGUAGGAACACGGCGAUGUCCGAGGUGAGAGAGAUGCCGAUCAUCGGAGGAAGUGGGCUUUUCCGGUUUGCUAGAGGCUACGUUGAGGCUCGAACAAAAUGGCUUAAUUUCCAGAACGGUGAUGCUACUGUUGAGUACAGUUGUUAUGUUUUGCAUUAUUGAUGCUAAUCAUGUCUUUGUCCUAUUUUACAUUUUUAGUUUGAUGACGUAAUAGUUAUGAUUUUCUUGUUGCAUUUGGCUUAUGGUUUGUGGCUUACUAGUGCACCUGUCUCUCAUUAAAAAAUCUUUCAUUACAAUAAUAUAUUUUUUUUAAAGGAAAAA